AAUAUUUAAAAUUUUUAAUUGUGUCAUACAUACAUACAUGAAUAAUAUAAAUAUGUAUAAUAUGUGGGCGACAAUAUAUAAGUGAAAUGUGCUUUCAUACAUGGUAUAUUCAAAUAUUAAAGAAAAUAUAAAAAAAAAAUUAAUUUUUUUUUUUCAUUUAUGGUAAAAUUUUACAAGAUUAAUUAUAAAUAUUUUUUAAAUAUAUAAAUAAAUAUAAAUUAACAAAAUAACGGUGUACUAAUUAAAAAAAAAACUAUACAAAUAUAAUUGAAUUUUUUUUUUAAUUUUUGAUAAUUUUUAAUUCUAAGUUUUCCAUAAUUUUUAAAAAAAUAGCAAAAAAAAAAUCUAUAAUUCAAAAUAUAAAAUAGAAAAAUUUUUUUAUACUACACGGUUUAAAAGACCAAAGCAAUAAUUAAUUGUGAUAAUAUGGAAAAGCCAAGUCGUCCUGUUAGAAAUCGAAAACAGAGUAGACGAAUUUGGCCAACUGGUGAUAUUACACACCGUCCAGUUAAGCGUUUAUUUACCCCAGAUAUUAAAAAAAUGUUAAAAGAAUGGUUAAUAAGACGUCGUGAUAAUCCAUAUCCGAGUCGUGAUGAAAAAAAAGCAUUAGCAUAUGAAACUGGUUUAACAUAUACACAAAUAUGUAACUGGUUUGCUAAUUGGCGGCGUAAAUUAAAAAAUUCUGGCAAAGAACCUGUACGACGUUCAUGGGGUAAUUUAAUUAAAAAUUAUAAUACAAGUGCUAAAGGUAAUGUUGAACAAUUUAGUAUAAGUUCAAAUGAUAGUAUAUGGGGUGAAGAGGAGAAUAAUUCAAAUAAUUAUAUGAAUGAUGAAGGUGAUGACGAUGAUGAUGACGAUGAUGAGGAUGAGGAUGAUGACAAUAUUGAUUCAAAUUAUUCAAGUGAUUCUUAUGAACGUGAGAUUAGCAAUGGACACCAGCGUAAACAUAAAAGCAAAAAUUCAUAUGAAAUUAAUAAUAAUUAUUUAGAGCAAUACAAUAGAGAACCAUAUUAUCCGCCCGGUUAUCAUUUUAUGAAUCCGAAUUAUCAAUAUCAAAAGGAAACUAGUAAUGGUUUAGAAUUAAACCAUAAAAUUAAUUUAUUGACUGUAAAUUCAACAAAAACUUUUGAAGAUUCAGUUGCUGACAAUCAGCUCAGUUUUUCCGUACAACAACAUUCGCAAGAUCAAGGACAACAACAGCAUCAACAAACAACCCAACAAUCAUUCUCAACUAACACUAAAUACAAACAACAAAUGAUGGAAAAAUAUUUAAAAGACACUAAUAAUUAUAAUAAUAAUGGUAAUAAUAUAAAUAACCAAUCGUCGAGUCCAACAAGCUCUUCAACAAAUAUUUCUUCCUCUAGUCCAGAAUUAUCAAAAUGGCUAGAAAGUGCCGCAAAAUUUACACCAAAUAAAAAUAAUUAUAUAGAAUGGAAUAGUAAUCAAAGGGGGAAAGGUGAUAAAAAAUUGCAGAAAUAUAAUGAGAAUGGCGUUGAAUCCAAUAUUCAUAUUUAUAGUACAAUUCAUCAAAAAGAAGAACUUGAAGCUGCUGAAGCUCUAACAAAUUUAGCGUGUAAUUAUAGAAUGAAAAUGAUGAAUAAUAUUGAAAAUCAUAUUAUAAAUUUUUAAUUUAAAUUUUACACAAUUUGUGAAAUUCUAGUCUUAUUAUUGUAUUAAAUACUUAAAUAUUUGCA